AUGAUUGCUCAGCUGUCUGCUCUUCUACUCGGUGCUAGCAUUGCAAUUGCUUCUCCCAUCGUUGACCGAGGUCCUUCCGAUUCGGGAGACGCAACUCAAUCCAUUGGGGUCUCCGGUUCUACCGGUGCUCCAUCAAUCGAGAGCGCGGCUGCCAGUACACCCUCGGCCUCUAACCUCGUCACCUCUUCCAAGCCAGGAGCAUGCGGGUCUCCAACGAUCGUAACCAUUACAGUGACGAACGUUCCGUCGACUUCGGCAGCAAGCGCUACAUCAACGAUUGAUAUAUCAGAGGCCGAUGCAAACCCCACAGCUUCCGUACCGGUGUCCAGAGCCGGCGGCGUCCUUCAACCAUCCGCCGCAGCCGAAGCGAACCCGCGCGACGACACGGCGACCCGAGCCUUCUCUUCCGUCACGAUCAAGGACGCCAGUGGUCAAUGUCUCUUUAUUGAUCCGACGGCGGGCGAUUUUCGGCAGAACUUGAUCCCGGUCCAGGUACAAGACUGUGAUGGGAGCGCGGGAGAGAAAUUUGAUCUCAUCACUGCCGGGGUUCACAAUAAUGCUCCGAAUUCGACGCUCGUUGUUUCUAGUCUUACUCAAGGGUGCUUGAACUUUGAUCCGAGAAGAGCUGCGGGUGAUACUGUGAUCUUGUUCUCUUGUGGGGGGAGGGCUGACGGUGGGGGAGGCGUGACGAAUUCUCAACUGUUCCCCUACUCGGGGAACGAGACAACGCUAUCACUCGCGCCCGAGAAUGCGAAUGGAGUGACGUGUCUUGUUCCCCUGAAUGGGAAACUGGAUGAGGCGAAUUGCAAUAAUGAUGCGAGUCAGUUGUAUACCAUUUCCUAG